CCAAAUUCGUCCGAGCUCGAGAAUGCAGGCUGGGGCUUCGAAAGAGGCGCUGUCGAAGGAGAAAAUGCGACGAAACGCCAGACAGCCGAGACCGUGCAGCCUGCAAGGACCGUCGAGGCUGGCCAAAACUCGCUGAACAAAUUCCUUUCUCCCCUUUGAGUGAAGACAGCGAGUGAGUGAGUCCCGUAUGAAUCCUUUUUCUGUAUGCGUUCGCCGUCAGUCCAUGCAUUAACUCCGGUCUCCCCUUCCAGAGAGGGGAGGCCCUGAGUCCGUCGACGCUCUCGGUCCUUCAGGUGACCUGCAGCGAAUUUCGACCUCGACGGGGAAACUCGAAGACGACGAGAAAGCAGAAGAAUCGCACAAGAUGACGCUGCAUUCAGAGCUCUGUGGACCUUGAGGAGGCGACGCGGGUGGAUUCCUUUACGAGCUGAACAAGCGGAAACUUCGAGUCGAGGUCUCCACGGCUCGAACUCUGGUGGAAACGCGAAGUACGAAAACCUCACGCGCUUCGAGGCCGUCUACGCAUUUGCUGCUUGUCUUUGUUCUAGGUUUCUCACUCGGCAGCUCCCCCUCUGCGCAAGGAUGGAGAAGCGAAUCUUCUCAACUCGCCUUCCCCGUCUGUCCCCCCUGACAUCUCGAACGCGCUCUCCUCUCUUUGCCCUUGUCUUCCUUCUCCUCUGCGCUGCGCUGUGCAUCUUCUCCCUCGCUCUGCGGCGUUCGUCGGCCGUCCGAACGCUCCAUCUCGAGGCGUCGCUUGCGGCUGCUCACUCCUGUUCUUCGUUACUGUCUCCCGCCGCGCCUUUGCCGGGUCUGACGUCUUCUCCCGUCGACUGUGGGGCUUCGCGUCUGCCUCUCUCGACGUCUUCCGGUCCUCUUCUCUGUUCUUCUUUUCCUUCUCGUGAGAAUGAAGAAGCCGCGAGCAAGCUCGCCUCUCACGGAAGACGCAUGCGUGAGCUCCUGCUCCAAGCCGCCGCCCUGGACGACGCCAGAGUUCACUCGCUGCUGGAGUCUGCGGCCCGGAUCUACGCGAGUCCGGAGCGUUCUCGGUCGCUGCGAGAGAGAAACCGACAGAGACAGAGCAUGCGAAGAGGACGAACUGCUGGCAAAGAGCAAAAGAGUCGAGCAGCGCGGGAGGCUGAAGUUCCGGACUGCGAAAGAAACGCAAACCGCGACGAUGCUGCGUUCGCGCGGCACGUCCCUCUCUUCGCCCUGACGAAGGGGGAGGAACGCGACGCGAGACAAGGUGAGCAGGAGAAGCCAAGGAGGGGAGGACGACGCGAUGCGUCCAUCUGGUCGUCGAAGCCUUCCCUGAGGUUCCUGCCCUUCUUCGUAGCUAAAGAAAAGACAGAGACGAGCCAGGGAAGCCCAGCAGGGACGCGUCUCCCGUCUGCCUGCUUCUCGCGCUCGCCGGACCUUAGACCGUUUGCGAGAGCAUCGGACGUGGACCCGCGAGGAGACAGUCCAGAAGAAGGAGAAACAGAGGGAGAGGCAACCAAGAGCGAGGAAGACGAGGACGACGCACUGUCGUUUCUUCAGCGUUUCGACUCGGACACUAUGCAGAGGCAACUGCGGGAAAGACGAAAAUGGAAGCCUCCCGCCGACGUCCGCGCUCUCCUUGAGUCGCCUCAUCUCUUUGAAAAGCAGAACGCACUCUCAAUGAGUUCUGCACUUGCUUCUGCAGGAGCCCAUUCACCUGCCACUCACUUCUCUCCUGCUUCUUCUUCUUCCUCUUCCAUCUCUUCAGCGUCUUCUUCCGCGCCAUUCUCCACCUCCUCUUCUUCUUCCGCUUCUUCUGAAUCGCCUGCGUCCGCGACUCCCUCGUGGGCGGCGCUGGAAGCGGCUCGCGGGGCGCAGAGAGCUGCUGCGUCGACGGCGAUUGUCGCGCGUCUCGUCAAAUGCCAAGCCUGCGGGGGAGGCGCUUCGUCGCGGGAGGUAUGGCAUGCGUUCCCCGCGUCGGGCGUCUUCAUUCACCCGUCCGGCCUCCUCGCCACCAACUUCCACGUCCUCGAGGCAGCCGAAGAGCGCGAAGACGAAAGAGAAGAACGAGACGGAGAAGAGGAGGGAGAAAAAGAGGGAGAAGAAGAGGGAGACGAAGAGGGAGAAGAAGAGGGAGACGAAGAGGGAGAAGGAGAGGAAACGCGUGGACGACAUGAAGGCAAUACAGAGGCACUGGAAGCGCGACAUGAGCACGCAAACGAGAAGAAGAGACAGGGGCGAGAUGACGCAGAGAAAUCCGGAGGAAACCGCGGGAGGUUGCAGAGGGCCUCACGAGCGACAGAGCACCUUGCUCGAAAGUCAACGGGAAAACGAGCAAGGACCCCAGAACUGUUUGUUGUCAUGGAUCGCCGUGGCCGAUGCUGGCCGAUCAAAGAAGUUCUGGCAGCGGACGAGAGAACGGAUUUAGCGCUUCUUCAAGUGGACUGGAAUGGUCUCCUCGAUGGGUUUUCCCUGUCGCCCGACUGCCUCCCGUCCGCCGGCUCUGCCAUUGCUCCCACAGGCCUCUCUGUCUCUCACCCUCCCUCUCCGCUUUCUUCCUCCCGGCAGUCGCAAGUCAGGCGUCACACCGGCCAUCUCUCUGUCAGUCCUUCUCUCUUUGAUGCACACACCACCAAGAACGCCGAGACAGGCGCCCUGGGCGCUUCUCCACUGCCCCAGGCGCGUUUCGACAGCACACCGGACGCUCCCGUUGAAGCUCGAGGAGCCGCGGAUCCUAAGAGUCACGGCCUCAGCACAAGCGAAGCGAGGACAGGCGAGAGGGGCGACCCAGAAGAAAACGUCUGGUCAGAAGGACUUGGAGAGAGUGACGACGUCGCAUGGCUUCCGAUCUCCCAACUGCCUGCAGCCGAGGGGGCUGCAAUUUUCAUUCCGAGUCACCCGGCAGGGCGCUUCUUUUCGCUCACGCAGGGCGUCGUCUCUCGUUACUUUGUGAGACACUCGAGAGGCUCAAGGCCGCAGGAGCAUGCGGUCCCGAGCGUAGUCUUGGCAGUCACUGCAGACUUCGCCAGAGGGUCGAGCGGGGCGCCUGUGGUGCACGCAGCUUCAGGCGAGCUUCUGGGCAUCGCGCAGAGCACUUCUUCGUUGUACUGUUCGCCUGCGGAGACGGAAUCUGCGGCGCGAAAAGGAGCCGGGAAGAAGCUGGAGAAGCGGCGGUCGUCGUCGCUGUUCCAGUCGCGAGCUUCGGCCUCCGACAAGUCCGCGGAAGGCGCAAGAGAAGAACAGAGAGCUUCGCGAGCUCGAGGCGCCAGCCCGCAACCAGGCUCCGCAGACGCGGAACAGGCCGCGCGAGCUCCAGGGGCGAGUGGAAGAGGCAAGAAACAGGAGAAGCAAACGAAGAAUGGACAAGUGAAGAACUCGCGGGCGCGUGAGACAGAGACACGCGAGGAAAAGGAGAGAGGAGGAGGAGGCGAAAACGACGGGGGCGACCAACGGAGGAACCCUCUCCAGGUGAAAAGUAAGCGACGUGAAGGAUGCGAGAGCCGGACACUGCAAAUGGUCGUGAAGGCCUGCAUCCCCAGUCUCUACCUUUUCGAUUUACUCGAAGAACCGUAAGACGCUGUAAAUGCGAGCGAGGCACCGAAACUGGAAAGCGGUGCACCAGACUCCACACAACAGGCGAGAGUGUGGGGGAGUCUCCUUCUGUCUCUUUCUCUUUCUGUCUUUCUCUCUGUGUGUAUACCUCUACUUCGUAUACGCAGGCCUCGGGCUCUUGCUGAAUGAGUUCAGUUUCGUUGCUCUUCAUUGUAUGAUCAUACGCCUAGGCGAAUGCGUGGAACGCGGGAGAAACGGGCAGGCCCGCGCUCGCAAUACCACGCUGCCGUGGAGGCACCGACGCAUGCGUCUUUGAACAAUGCUCUUGUCGGCCGUGUGUGCCUUUUUUGAAAAACUCAAGUCCCAGCUGAGUGUUGUCAAUCCAGAUUUGCUUCCAGGGAUUUCAGAGCGUCUCUUUCUUGAGACAACGCGAUGGGCAUUUCUGCCAAACGUGUAAAUGCCGCCAACUGUCAUGUUCCUUUUUAAAACCAGUUCUUCUGUUUCAGUGCGAAGGACUGCGCGUGCGUUUUCUGUCAGAGUCUGCGCCAAAAGUCCUUCUGUGGAAUCGCAUACCCAAGCCCCGGAGCUCUGGCGGUUGCUUGGAAGAACUCUGUGCAUGCGGGACAGACGACGCAUGGGUGCAUGCGCGGUUUCUGCACAGAGCGAUGCCCGCUGUUCCUCAGAAAAAGCUUAAACAUGUCACAGCUGCCGGCGACGCCUGGAGUGCUUCACACUCUCUCGACGCUGUGUCUGCCCAAGCAGACUUGUUUUCGUUAGGAAGGAGGGCGCAGCUUCACCGGAUACAUACGCAGAAAUCGGCGCUAUCAACUCACCGAUUUCAGCUCGGAAAAAGAGCUCCUUCCUACGCUGCACAAAUGCGCUGCAGGCGCGUGUGGAGACUCGACGAAAUGCUUCACUGAACUUCUCUCGAAACGCCUGGCAUUGGUGCCGGUUGCAUCGGCCAUACAUACCGCACAUACCCACACAUUUCUAGAUAUAAACAACUACAAACAAUUGUACAUAUAUAGAC